GGGGGAGGGGCGGCCGGAUGUGAGUGGAGCGGCCAUUUCCUGUUUCUCUGCAGUUUUCCCCAGCUUUGGGUGGUGGCCGCCGCUGGCUUUCGGCUUCCAGUCGGCGGAGGGCGAGGCGGCGUGCUCCGCGGCCCCGGCCCCCCGCGCCCCGCCGCCCGCAGCUCCUCGCCUCCGCGGCCCCGCGAACGGCCGAGAUGCAGGCCAUCAAGUGUGUGGUGGUGGGAGACGGAGCUGUAGGUAAGACGUGCCUGCUGAUCAGUUACACGACCAAUGCGUUUCCCGGAGAGUACAUCCCCACCGUCUUUGACAACUAUUCUGCCAAUGUUAUGGUAGAUGGAAAACCGGUGAAUCUGGGCUUGUGGGAUACAGCUGGACAAGAAGAUUACGACAGAUUGCGUCCCCUCUCCUACCCGCAAACAGUUGGAGAAACGUAUGGUAAGGAUAUAACCUCCAGGGGCAAAGACAAGCCGAUGGCCGACGUCUUCUUAAUUUGCUUUUCUCUUGUGAGUCCUGCAUCAUUUGAAAAUGUCCGUGCAAAGUGGUAUCCUGAAGUGCGACACCAUUGUCCCAACACUCCCAUCAUUCUGGUGGGGACUAAACUUGAUCUUAGGGAUGACAAGGACACGAUCGAGAAACUGAAGGAGAAGAAGCUGACUCCCAUCACCUACCCACAGGGCCUAGCCAUGGCCAAGGAGAUCGGUGCUGUCAAAUACCUGGAGUGCUCGGCGCUCACACAGCGAGGCCUCAAGACAGUGUUCGAUGAAGCUAUUCGAGCCGUCCUCUGCCCGCCUCCCGUCAAGAAGAGGAAGAGGAAAUGCCUGCUGCUGUGAACGGCCGCGCCCGCCCGCCCCUCGGAACCUUUGUACGCUUUGCUCAGAAACAGUGGAGCCUUCGCACUCAAUGCCAAGUUUUUGUUACAGAUUAGUUUUUCCAUAAAACCAUUUUGAACCAAUCAGUAAUUUCUAGGUUUUGUUCGUUUAAAGUGUAAGAGUUCAAACUUUCACGUUCUAUUAAAAUUUAGCCCUAAAAUGA